UUAAAGACCUCGGGACUUGAGCGGUAGUCGAGCUCAGGGAGCAAGCAGGUGCCUGUGCAGCUGGCUGAUCCUCCGCGUCUCCAAGCUCAUGGCCUGGGGGAUGAGGUGGCCUGGGUUUCUCUGACGGACUCUUGUGUACCCUCACCCUCCCCGCCGGUGGAGCGGAGACCAUGGCCUCUCCUCAGGGCUCCCGGGCUCCGCUGGAAUUCGGGGGACCCCUGGGCGCCGCGGCGCUGAUGCUGCUGCUUCCUGCCACCAUGUUCCACCUGCUCCUGGUGGCCCACUCGGGCCCCGCGCGCCUCCUGGGCCCACCCCCCUACCUGCCCGGACCCGAAGUGCUGUGGAGCCCUCAGACGCUGCUGCUGUGGCUCACCUGGCUCGGCCUUCAGGCGGCUCUCUACCUAUUGCCGGCUCGCAAGGUGGCCGAGGGACAGGAAUUGAAGGACAAGAAUCGCCUGCGCUACCCCAUUAACGGCUUCCAGGCCCUGGUGCUGACAGCUCUGUUGGUGGGCUUGGCUGUGUCGGCUGGGCUGCCUCUGGGGGCGCUCCCGGAAAUGCUCCUGCCCUUGGCCUUCGCGGCCACCCUCACCGCCUUCAUCUUCAGCCUCCUUCUCUAUCUGAAGGCUCUGGUGGCCCCUGCCUCGGCCCUGGCACCUGGGGGGAACUCAGGCAAUCCCAUCUAUGACUUCUUCCUGGGACGGGAGCUCAACCCGCGCAUCUGGUCCUUCGACUUCAAAUAUUUCUGUGAACUACGGCCUGGCCUCAUCGGCUGGGUCCUCAUCAACCUGGCCUUGCUGAUGCAGGAAGCGGAACUUCGGGGGAGUCCCUCCCUGGCCAUGUGGCUGGUCAAUGGCUUCCAGCUACUCUAUGUGGGUGAUGCCCUCUGGCAUGAGGAGGCUGUUCUCACCACCAUGGACAUCACACACGACGGCUUUGGCUUCAUGCUGGCCUUUGGGGACCUAGCCUGGGUACCCUUCACUUACAGCCUGCAGGCGCAGUUCCUGCUCCACCACCCGCAGCCCCUGGGGCUGCCCAUGGCCUCAGUCAUCUGCCUCAUCAAUGCUGUUGGUUACUACAUCUUCCGAGGAGCCAAUUCCCAGAAGAACACCUUCCGGAAGAAUCCUUCUGACCCCAGAGUGGCUGGCCUUGAGACCAUCCCCACAGCCACGGGGCGGCAGCUGCUGGUGUCUGGCUGGUGGGGUAUGGUCCGCCAUCCCAACUACCUUGGAGACCUCAUCAUGGCUCUGGCCUGGUCCUUGCCCUGUGGUGAGUGGGUUGGGAGGGCACAGGACGGAGGCCACGUGACGCGUGUGAGGGACGAGGUGGUGACCACAGGGUGCCCAGUCUGGGUGUGGAAUGGAGAACGGGGAUGCACCCUAGUGGAGGGGGCAGUCAGGAAGCUGGGAACGGACUCGGUGAGUGGCUGGGGGCAGACCUCCAUCAGAGCUGAGCCAGCGCUUUGCGGCAGACCUGGACCUUCCACCAGAGCCCCGAUGUCCCUGUGAGCCAUCGGAAGUGGCAACCUUUGUGAACUGGGGGCCUGCUGGGCGGUCACAGCCUCCACUUCCCCGCAGGAGUGUCUCACCUGCUGCCCUAUUUCUACGUCCUUUACUUCACGGCACUGCUGGUGCACCGCGAGGCCCGGGACGAGCAGCAGUGCCUGCGCAAGUACGGCCUGGCCUGGCACGAGUACUGCCGGCGCGUGCCUUACCGAAUC